AUGCAAGGUUUUAUUCGUUCCAAAAACCGAGCACGGUUAAACUAUACAUUAGCUGUGAAUAAUCUAGCAGAUUUAACACCCGAGGAGUUUCGAGCAAUGAAUGAUUUACUAUAUGACGAAGAUAAUAGAGUGCCUGAGUUUAUGAAAGAUCAAUUCCCAAGUCAUGAUGACGUACCUGUCGUAAACUAUACUGAACCGAGUGAACCUUUGCCAGAAAACUUGGACUGGAGAGAGUACGGUGUUAUCUCGCCAACAAGAGGACAGUCAAUGUGUGGAUCAUGUUGGGCAUUCUCCACAGCAGGAAUUCUUGAAGGAGCUUAUAAAAUAGCUACAGGAAAAGACAUCGAAUUUUCAGCUCAAAUGUUGGUAGACUGUACAUAUGGUUUUAAUAAUUAUGGUUGUCGUGGUGGAUGGCCUUGGAAAGCAAUGCAAUGGGUUAUAAGAAAUGGUAUUGCAACCCAUGAAAGUUAUGGACGAUAUUUAGCACAAGAAGGGUUAUGUCACUGUGGGACCGCGGACAAUUGCACAGUUCACCAUCCUACCAGUUUUGGCGACGUAUUGAAGGCAAACCGAACGGCAAUGAAGGUGAAUUUAGCAACGUAUGGUCCCGUAUCAGUUGGAAUAAAUUCAGCCCCAAAAUCAUUCAAGUUUUAUAGAGAUGGAGUAUACGACGAUUUUGACUGUGAUGACGCUACACAACAUUCUUUAAUACUAGUUGGUUAUGGAAAGCAAGCCUACGGUCCAAAUUACUGGAUAAUUAAGAACUCGUGGGGUCCAUUUUGGGGUCAAAAGGGAUAUAUGCGAAUAUCAAAUGACUUUGAUACAUGUGGCAUUUUGUCGAGUAAUGGUGUAAUAGCAAGUUUUAGAAAUACGUCGCAUGGUUUCCCAUUUGAACGAAUGAAGAAAGUUGUUACACCAUAUCAUGCAAAUAUUGAAGACAAAAUCGCAAAAGACAAAUUCAAACCCGUUUUCAAUUCCAUUCCAUUUCAGUAAGAUAUACUC